AGUUUGAAUAGGAUUCUUCUAAAAAUAAAAUUUAAAUGUAAUACCGGUUUUAGUCUGGUCUAAUUGAGUAGACUUCCUAAGAAGAAAGAGCAGUAAAAGGGCACCUGUGUGCAUGUUUGAAUCACAGCCAAAAAUGGUGUUUAUGGAAAACUUCAGAUGAAGCAAAGAGGCAUUCAGCCAACAAAAUCUACAGCUGUGAGACUUGGAACUUACAAGUGCCCAAACUCCAAAAGCAAAAGUGGAAUUAUGGGACAGACUUUGAAGCUUGUUUAUGCACAAAUUUUUCUAGCAAGUAACUUUGUAUUUCUCUAUUCAGACAUAUAUUCUAUGAUUAACACUUCUAAGACCAGAGAAAACAGUUAAAGGGAAUCCCAUCCAGGGACUGAUUAUUUUUUCCCCACAAUUACUUGUAAACAAAACUCAACUGUGGCUAAAAUGGAGUAAUCUAAAUUCUAUCUCCAGAGAUUUGCAACUUUUCUCCCAUCCUAACCCCUAAGGUGUUGACACUCUCGCUUGUUGACAUGGGUCCUGAAAACACAACAGUUCCUGACUGGAAGGGAGAGACUACAGCAUAUCAGAGUAUCUUUGAAAAAGUACCUUUUGUGUUUGAAUAUGCCCCAUAUCCCUAUAAUCCUCAUGCUCAUUUGUCUGGGUACAUACUCAAGACUGCCUGAAGUCUCUGGGGAAGAUGAUAAGUAGGUAGGCUUGAAUGCAGAAGUGGAGACUAAGCAGCUUCUAAAGAAAGCUAAGGACACUACAUAAGAACAAACACUGGAGAUGAGGGCUAAAACUUUAAAGUUGAGAGAUUAUCUGUGUAAUAGGCAAGACACUGCAAAAAAAGCUAACGGUUUUGUUGUUUUCAAAUAAAAUGUAGCAAAAUUAUGGACUAUAUACCGAAUUAUUUCAGCCAGGAAAAAAAAAUCUAACACCUUUAGGGACAGACAAUUGAAUUUCAUAGAGAAUAAUAUACCUGGUCUUGACACCUUGCUUAAUCACUAUAAUUUUGAGGAAAAUACCAAUCAAUCAAUGAAUAGAUAUCUUAGCAUUUAUGUUCAAAUCCAUGAAAGAAAUGUUUUAGCGCUAUCUCCAACUGAGAUCACUAAUUCUGUUUAGAUGUAGGAGACCAUGUGUGCUAGGGUAAAGUUGGCAUAUCAUUUGUGCCAUUAUCAGUCUCAUCUCAGCUAACCUGGCAACCUCAACCAGAAACGAAUUUUCCUGCUCAGGCAAUUAUAAUAGGAAUGAUAUGCUCCCAAGAGGGCACUCCAGAGCUGGUCUACGAUGUCCAUACAGUUAGCAAUUUGGAGUUAGCAUUUAGGAAUCACUGUCUAUGGACCAAAGCAAGACUUUCAAUGGUAGAAAUCCAGAACCAGAACGUUUCUUCACUUGAAUCAUUUCUUCAUGAUCAUUCUGCCAAAUCAUUUUUGCUUCAAUAUAUUCUCAAACAGAAUAUAUUAUGGAAAGAGGCUUCUAAGUUUGGUAAAAUCUUCCACUAUCUUACUUACUAUAUUGUCUAUUCAAGACACAUGGCAGAUACACUCCAGUACUUAAGCUUUCUGAAAGGCAGUAUUACACUGUAUUUACUCUGGCUGCCCCCACCCCCACCCCGAAUCAGCUAACUGGCAACUGAAAUAAAGUUAAUUCCUACCAGUACAUGCAGAGAACAAGUAUCACCUCACAAGCCCCUCAUUUAUGAUUUUACCUUGAGUUCUGAAGGCUAAAGUUUCCAAUGCUGUGUCUGAACUUGUAUUGAAAUGUUUGUCAUUAAUAAAACAAAGAAGGAAUUAAUGUAUUUUUUUCGUUGUGGGGAGAGGGAAAGGAAUCUACAUAGGCGGAUUUCACUUUCUAAGUAGUAUUAUAUUGGUCUACAUUAAUAAUUUUCCCAGCAGGCCUUCCAUGAUUUUACAAUCAUAGCCUUUGUUUCUCAGAUCCUCUUACAUGUGACAUUUGAUCAAAGUUUUUAAAUCAGCAGUUAACGGAGGUGGUGGAAAAAGUACUGCUCAGUAAAGCAUUACACAAAGCCAUCCCACAGCUCACUUCAAAGUCGCUAUAAGCUGGAUGACAGACAUUUUCCAGCUAAACACUAUUUAGAUGUUAAGUUAAAUUUUCUGAACCCUGAACACAUUUCACUGCACAUUAUCACACUCCUCAGGGAAACAUUUCCCAAACAUCACUAAAGCAUGCCUUAAGAAAAUUCUUCAACUCUUCCACACACGUGUGUUUUUUAAAGUAACCACAAGGUACCAAACAAUUUCAUUUAUUCUUAUUCAAGAUCUCUGAAUAUAGCCUUAAAACAAAAAAGUCUGCCUCCAUUCCACCCCUCAAAAAAGAUUUCAGGUAACUAAAUUACCUAUAUUACCAUUCUAGAAGCAAUGGCAGUGAGAUGGGAUAUGAAAAGAAAAUUAGUAAAGUCAAUUAAUUCAAGCCUAAAAGUCCUUAUCCAGGGAAAACUGUCCCCAAAGAAAUGGAGGGGAAAAGAACAGUAAAGGAAACACUUCACACUUCAACAUGCUAUGUAAGGAAAGACUGCUGAAAGGAAAUCUUGCAGGGAAUUUUAUCCCUUUGAACUUUCAAAUAAACUCUUAAGUAAGAUUAUGCAAACUUACUAAAGACCGGUCCUGAUUAGAGGGAAAAAAUGCACCCCUUCUCCAAGUCAGUUCUGGAGGCUUUCUCCAGAGUUGUUAGGUUUGUGUUGGGUAAAGACAGACGUUCUAACAAACCAACAUUCUUUUCCACAUGAUCAGAGCUAAUUGGCCCCCCUGCAGACUAAGUGACCAAUCACAUCAGCUUCAUCUGAAACCAGCCCCCACAGUAUUAUAAACAGAGGAAUGUGAACUGUAAACCCAGUGCAAGAAGAGAACCUACAAACUAGACGUGUAGAUUAAAAUUACCUCAUCAAAAAGACAGACCUGCAAGUUUCCUCAACACCUACCUGUGCAUACAGGCUGACCCAGCAAAAGAACUGAAUUACAGCUGACGAUGGAUGGCAAUAACUGCAAAGUUAUUGCUCCUCUCCUAACUCAGAGACACCGGAGGAUGGUCACCAAGGAUGGCCACAGUACACUUCAAAUGGAUGGUGCUCAAAGGGGUCUUGCAUAUCUUCGAGAUGCUUGGGGAAUCCUAAUGGACAUGCGCUGGCGCUGGAUGAUGCUGGUCUUUUCUGCUUCUUUUGUUGUCCACUGGCUUGUCUUUGCAGUGCUCUGGUAUGUUCUAGCUGAGAUGAAUGGUGAUCUGGAACUAGAUCAUGAGGCCCCACCUGAAAACCACACUAUCUGUGUCAAGUACAUCACCAGUUUCACAGCUGCGUUCUCCUUCUCACUGGAGACACAACUCACAAUUGGUUAUGGUACCAUGUUCCCCAGUGGUGACUGUCCAAGUGCAAUCGCCCUACUUGCCAUACAAAUGCUUCUAGGCCUCAUGCUAGAGGCUUUUAUCACAGGUGCCUUUGUGGCGAAGAUUGCCCGGCCAAAAAAUCGAGCUUUCUCAAUUCGCUUUACUGACUUAGCAGUAGUAGCUCACAUAGAUGGCAAACCGAAUCUUAUUUUCCAAGUGGCCAAUACUCGACCUAGCCCUCUGACCAGUGUUCGGGUCUCAGCUAUACUCUAUCAGGAAAGAGAAAACGGCGAACUCUACCAGACCAGUGUGGACUUCCACCUUGAUGGCAUCAGUUCUGAGGAAUGUCCAUUCUUUAUCUUUCCACUAACCUACUAUCACUCCAUUAUACCAUCAAGUCCUCUGGCUACUCUGCUCCAGCAUGAAAAUCCUCCCCACUUUGAAUUAGUUGUGUUCCUUUCGGCAAUGCAGGAAGGCACAGGAGAAAUAUGCCAAAGGAGGACAUCCUACCUACCCUCCGAGAUCAUGCUACAUCACUGUUUUGCAUCUUUAUUGAUCCGAGGUUCCAAAGGUGAAUAUCAAAUCAAGAUGGAGAAUUUUGACAAGACUGUCCCUGAACUUCCAACUCCUCUGGUCUCUAAGAGCCCAAACAGGACUGAGAUGGACAUCCGUAUCAAUGGACAAAGCAUUGACAAUUUUCAGAUCUCUGAAACAGCACUGACAGAAUAAGAUGUAUCCAUGGCACCCUAUUUUUUAAUAUAUUAAAUACACCCAGCCAGUUAUGCAGCUACUUUUCCUUCAUCAUAUCUCAUGUUUUCUUUUUCUCAAUGCUGACUGUAACUCUCUGAUUACAUCAUGGUAAUCAAGUCUAUGCCCAUUAAAAAAUGGCUGAGCUAACAAUACACAUUCUGGAAAUAUAAACAUUCUACUUUGUAAUUACAGAGUUUGUACCUGUGGUUAUCUGCUGAAAUCAAUGCAUCUCAACAUGACAAAGAUUAUACAGAAUUGUUGGUGAAUUUAUAAGGAUGUGGUAUCAUACCAGUAAUGAAAGUAAAAUGGACACUGAAGUUUAACAUAGCAGAACUCUAAGAAAAUAAACCAUAAAUCUCAUUUUCAACUGCGAGUUGAAGCAACAGUCUAGUUUCAAACCUAACUCCCGGGUAGAAUGAUGAUUUCACAACACUUAGCGGAAUCCUUUUAAAAUUUAUUUUUUCAAGCCAACAAGAUCAUUUCUUUGGGUCUUUACACUACAAAACCGGGGUAAGUAUUACUUCCUUAAUUUUUAACAGCUAAGAACAAAAAUUCACAAGAAAAAUAGUAAACUAUAGAUUUAUACAUAACUCUAAAAGCAUCUCAGCAUGACACCCAAACACAUGCAGAUGUUUGUGGCCGAACAUAGUGAACAUAGUAAGAGCAAAUAAAACAGCUCCAGCCCAAACUGAACCUGUAGGGUAGUCUUUUUAGUAAGGAAACAAAAAAUUGCAUCUACUAUGAAGCUAUACUGCAUAAAAAUCAAAUAGUGAUUUAAAAAUUAAUCAACUAUUCAUCUAAAAGCCAAAAACAUUCCAUUCUUACCUGUGAUCCAUUCAAUUGCAUUAAAAAACCCUCUAAAUAACUCAUAACUGCAAACAUAUUUGAAUUUUUAGAAAGAUUCAGUUAGAUAUAAUGAAAUAGGGGGAAAAAAUCCCUAAUAGAUAAAGCAAAAAAUAAUUAGGCAACGAAGUAUUUUCAAAUCCAAAUUCCUGUUUCCAACUUCAAAUAGUUUUUUCUAUAAACACAAAUGAGUGUUUAUUCACCAGUAGGAGGUUGGACUAGAGGAACUUGUAUUCCUUUCCAAAUCUAAUAACACUCCAAGAAAAUUAUGCUCUCUCUGCUUCAUUUUUUAUUUUAUAUAUAUUAAGAUGAACCUUUUCCCUUACCUCCAAGUUGAGACUACCCUUUGCAUACUCUUCAUUUCAAUAAAAGUAUCAAACUGUCCUCAAACAGAACAAGAACCAGAAAGUCACCCUAUCAGAUUUCAAACAGAUUUGUAGCUGCUCUUCUUUUCUGAAAUUUCCCUUAUCAGGUUUAGUGGGAAAAGCGAAAGAUUAACCCUCCCUACUGGUGAUGACCCAGGCAGGAAACAUAUCUUGAAAUAAAUACUAGCUGAGUAAAGGCAAGCAUUUGUGAAGAGCAGGGCACAGCAGCAAGUCACAUUUUUCUACUCUUUGACCAAAAGGAAAAGAAAAUAAAGAAGAACUUUGGAGUGUUCUAAGACAGAAUAGCAGAACAUCAAGGACAUAGAAACUUUAUUAUUGUGGACUUUUGCUGUUUGAAAAUCCUAGGCAUUCUUAAGUACUAGACAGACCAACAGAUUUUUUUCCAACCCAAGACUGCUGAAUUCAUAUUUCUAUAAUAAAGUAACAAGAUUCACCUAACAUGUGAAAAUAAAAUAGUAUCGAAGAUUUACAUGGUAUGUUUUUUCCUAAGAGCUCUAUGUCAGUUACACAGAUCACAAUUCCAACAGUUAAGUGAAAGUGCCCAAAGCGACACAAAGAAGUAAGAAACACCUGGAUCUGCGCCCUUAUGGGUGCAGCAUGUUCUGCACACAAGUCAUAUAAGUUUCUUAGUAUGCUAUUUACACAUAAAUUUUGCAUCUGAAAACUAGAUGUUAACUUCCCCUAUUUAUAUUCUAAUGCUAUUUAAUAAAUGUUUCACAAAUAGAAAACUAAGACACUCAAAAACUUCUGUCUAGAGGGUUGGGAGCUUCUGAAACCACUGAUAAUGAUUCUUUCACUUACUUCAGACAAUCAUAGUUUCUACUAUAAGGAUUAAGUUUUCUGCAAAAUUACAUUAUCCUUUCAGGAGAUUGGAGCACAAAUGGAAGAAGGGGAAAUUACUGGGAGGUGGAAUGGCAGCUUUAAUUUGUGGCUAUACAGCUAACCCAGUUCACCUGGGAGCUCAGUGAUGGUAUCUAUGAUACAUUAUUAGGAAGACCAUAUUGAACUACCUUAAAAAACUGCGUUUGGAAACCAAACAGAUCAUAUGACAGUCCCAACAAACUAGAGACAAGUAGUUACAAAAAAGUCGUAAGGCUUAGUUUUGUAUAUGUUUAAGCCCAUAUUACCAACUGCUAACAGCAGCCUAAUAACCACAAAUUGCUGUUUAUUUCAAGGUAUUUCACACCAAAAUGCACUAAUUGAUAUCAUACUGGGUAGAACCUAUUGCUAUCACCUGGAUCAUUUUUAAUAAUCCAUUAAAUUUUUUAAUUUAAAAUUAAAUUUAAUCCACCUUUAAUUUCAAAAUGAUCCACUUUUAAUUUUACCCUCACAGGAUCAUACAUGAUCACUGAAACUGAUUCCCACUGUGCAGCAAUUAAUUACUCCAGAAUAGCAAUUAUAGUAAAUAGGAAUUAUAAUUCCAAUACCAAAGGUUGGUCUCCAUAUUCUCCCAUGGGUAUUAAUCAGCAGGGUUACGUUGGAUUCUUACCCAGAUGUUGGUAAUUACACCCAUGCCUCCCUAUAAGAAGCAAAUACAUGACAUAGACCAUCUCUAAUUUUAAAAAGAACAUACUACUCUGGAACCCUCAGCACUCAAAUUAUCUUAAUUUGAUAUCACAGCUAUCUCACAGUUGAUCAGUGUAUCAGUGUAUCCCAACAAACUAUUUUAGUACUUCAGUUCUUAGCAAAAAAUACAAUUAUGAGCAAAUUUUUAAAAUCUACAAUGUUUUCAACAGAAGUUGUGAAGAGUAGGCAGUUAGUUAGACAUAAGCAGGAGAAAAGGGCCAGCACAUCACCAAGGAAGACUCCUCCCUGGCCAACCCCUAAGCCCUCCUUACUUCCCAGUUCCACAGUCAAAGAUGCCUAGCUAAUCAGGAGGCCCAAACAGUCAAGGACACCUAGAUUGUCAAGGGGCCCAAGACCAUAGGUGCUUCCCUGAUUAUAGGAUGUGCACAAGGCCCAAAGUCCUUGUCCAAAAGUAAUCCCACCUCAUUAAUAUAGCAUGUAAAUCUAAUUAGCAUUGUGGUUUGGGCCCCCCUAUGGGCUUUGCUUAGGUACUUACGGGUAAGGUGUCUGCCCACUGAGGAGAAAAGUUAUGUAAUCUAGAGCUGUCAAUCAACCUGUCAAAUGACAUAAGACACAGGGCAGGACUUGCUGCCACCUUAAGAAAAAAUAAAAGCCAAACUAACCCUAAUAGCAAUGCUGCUUCUGUUUCCAGUAAGCCUGCUCUCCAUCCUUCAGAGUAUACUUACGCUUUGCUGAAUAAACUCCUGCUAUUUAAAACUGUCCUAAGUCUGUCUCUUGAUCGAAUUCUUCCCUUCAAGAAGACAAGAAUUGGGGAAACAACAUGUCCUGCCUGUAACAAGCGGAUUGCUUCAAAAAGAGACAAAAGCUCAGAAUCACUGUUACAGUUAAUAUAAUAACCUGAAGUGAGCAUCUUAUCAAAAGGCAUUCAAUUAAAGCCACUAUAUUUGAAUAUGUAUGUGGAAAUUUCCCUAAUAUUUUAGAAGGACAACCUUUCCUAAUAUUCUUAACCACUUCACAUCAAUUUGGUUUUAUGGAGCUCAUCUUUUCAAAGAUAUACCUAUAGGAUGCAAAGAAAAGAGCUCAUAAUCUUAAUAGAGGACAGCUGGGGAAAUUGUUCCCAUUGAAUUAAUACAGUUCAAGUUAAGUUUUACACUCAUCUAUUCCAAACACUGGAAGUGUGAUUAUGAGUCUAACAAUUAAAAUCAAGCUAAUUUCAUGACAGGGAACUCACUACGUUCCCAAGGCAACCCAAGUCAUUUUCAGACAACUCUAUUAGAUCUUUCUAAGAUUGUGUCAAAUAUCUGCCUCCAUAAACCUGUCCUUCAGACUCAUACAAAUCAUGUCUAAUCCCUUUUUUAUAGAGUGACCCUAUAAACCUCCUCUCCACAGUUUUGUCCCCUAUGUGUAUAAACAGCACUAUUUAUUACAGGGCUUCAAAUGCCUCCUCAAUCACCCUACGCCAAUGUAUGGAUCUUUUCAAGGUGUGGCUCCAGUACUAAGUGUAAUACUUAAGCUGACCUGUGACAACAUAAAAGACAGUAGAUCCCUCUAUCACUUGACUCACUGAGGACCCUUUAGUUCUAGUAACAGCUGUCUGCAGACACCAGGGCACUGUUGACUAACACUAAGCACAGAGUCGGCUGAGAGGGCUAUGCCUCUCCCAGCAGGCUGCUGUUACACAAUUACUCCAUACAUUUUAGAGUUUAUUUAUGCCACACUGCAUUUUCUGCUGUUAAACUUCAUUUGAUUAGAUCUGGUCUCUCAUACUGCACCUUAAUUCUGAUCCCAAGUCCCAAAUGUUCCACUUUAUAGUUAUACCUCUAGACAUGAAUGGAAAAUCCAAUCACACACCAGUGCUGUCAUCCAAAGAGAAGGAAUAUUUAUUUAGCACCUAGUACAAGGUCUGGUAUAUGAGUAGGUAUUCAAUAAUGUUAACUGAAUAAAUGAGUCCAUCUACUCUUAUUUAAUCUGAAAACUUCUAUAAGGUAUUAACCACCUCCAUUUAUUAUGAGACUACUGAAUGUCUGAAAGUGUAGACUACCACUGAUUUCUGAUUCCGAUAGA